GGGAAGAAAAAAAGACAGCUCCUUUUGCUGGCUGGCACAUAAAGCAAACCCACAGAUGGCCACUCAACAUACCUUUCUUCUUGCUAAACAUUUGUCUUUUCAUGUCACCAAGUUUAGCAUAUCUUCUUCUCCUUAACCAACAAGGAAUUCUUCUACUUAUUCAGAAAGUUUCCACACACAUGGUCCAUAGUUGGGUUAUUUUCAUGCUCAAAAUUAACAGAGGCUAGCUGAAGUAGAGAAUAAAAGAUGGGAGCUGAUUGGGCACCGGUGAUUCUCGCAGCGGGUUUGUUCAUCCUUCUAUCUCCAGGGUUGCUUUUCCAAUUCCCAGCAAGGUUUAGGGUGGUGGAGUUUGGUAACAUGAGCACUAGUGGGAUUUCGAUUUUGAUCCAUGCCAUCAUAUUUUCAUGUAUACUUACCAUCUUGCUUAUUGCACUAGGCAUUCAGAUACACUUUAAUUAGCUGAAUCCGAAUUCACCUUAGACAUCAGAAAUCUGCCAUAACUAUAUAUGUUUUCGUUUACCUUUUUUUGUUUUUCUCCUUUGGUGUAUUAUUACUUUCCCUUUAUGUUUCAACCUUUAAAUUUUGUAAACACAUGGUGAAAGUGUAGAUGAAUUUAUAUAAAUGUAUAUGAAUUUAAGGAAGGGAAUAGGGAGAGAGAGUGAGAGACAUUCAAAUUGGAGAUGGGACAAAAUAGAAUUUUCUGGGGUGCAUCAAAUUCGUUCUUCAUAGGCAUUGGAUAAUCGAUUUCUUGAGAGUUGCAUCCCCUCAUCAUGACAUGACACUCUUGAGAUCUCUCUUUGUUCGUGUACCGGUGUACGCUACCAGUUAAAGGAAUGUAGAUAUUUUUAAACUUAGCUUUUUUAAUACUCAAUUAACAGUUCAA